AUGCCAUUGGGACCCCUCAAGGAGGAUGCUCUGAAGGUCAGCAGAAUUCGGGCGCCCCAAAGGGACUUGCCCUGCACGACUUGGAGGAAGCUGGGAAAGCGGAACUGUGCGCCGCCGGCCAUCGAAGCGACCCUGCGGCGACGGCAGCAGCAGCUGCAACCGUCGCGAUCGGCUCCGCUGCUUCGUGCCCGGCCGAGGUGCGCCGACGUGGACUCUCCGUCCUCCCCUUCCUGGAGUGAGACAGACGAGGGAGCCUCAACGCUGGUCGCCCGCAGCCCUUCCGCUUGCAGUCGACCUGCGACUGGAUCCAGGCUGUUCCAGGAUUCCCCAUGCUACAGCAACGCGGAGCAGCCCUUGCCCCUGCAGCCACGUCGAAAGGAGGCAUGGUUCCACAUGCUGGCGGGGGAGCACAGCGUGGAGAUCCCUUUCGAUGAGAUCCGUGAGAGCAGCCAUGGAGAGGACUACGUGUGGUGGUUCCAGGACAAACGCUCUCGGCACCGGGCCAUUGCCAGCAGCCAGGCGGCGAGACGAGGAGCCCAAGCCCGUGCGAUCUCCAUUUGGCGGGCCGAGCUCUCGGAGAUCUCUUCGGUCCAACAGCCGACACCAGGCGAGAAGCAGCUCCUAUUUCAAAAGGCUGCCUUGCUUCGGCAUCUGGAGAUGGUGGCGGUCCCACAAGGUCCGAAGGCACUUGCAGAGGCUGUUGCCUGGUGCUUCGGUGGUGCGAAGCGGGCUUCGGAUCAGCUUUCCAGCGCUUUCGGGGACAAGGUGGGCCUCCUCCAGUUCUCUGGGUUGCUUGCCUUGCUUGACCUGGACCUGAACCUCCUCAUGGGAGAGCAGGAAGCGGCCGCUCUUGCACAGCUGUUUCAAGAGGGUUCCCUGAGCGUUGUGGCUCUCCUCAAAGGCAAUUGUGCCACCCACAGUAUCGGAGAGAGCGCGUCGCUGAAGGCCCAGGCUGGCUGCGUUUCGAAAGGUGUCUGA